AUGCUCGUCUUAAACCUGCUUGUUAUACCAGAGGAGGAGCCACAGCUCGUGACACCAGCUUGUUCUAUGCCUCAAGCACCUGGAGCUACUGGAGAUUAUCAUACACUUUUGACAUCAAAUGUAAUAGCUAUAGCCAAGGGGCUUUCUACUCCAUUGGAGCCUUCACCUCACAUUUUUGUGCCUGGACAGGAGGAUUGUAAACCUGGUCGUAGUGAAGGUUACUUUGGAUUCCUACACAUAAAGGCUAUUGAUGAUGCUGGGCAUCACAGGGCAACUAUGGUGAAAGUAAAAUCUUUUGAAGCUGUAGAUAUAGCAAUUGGUCAAUUGGUCCUGCUACUUGGUAGGCAGAAUGCAGUGGGGCUGCCUACUACCUAUUCUCUGUGUAUCACAGGAGAUCAUUCAACUCCUGUUGAAUAUGCUAACCACAAUUAUGAACCUGUACAUUGUACCCUAUGUCAUCUAAAAGACUUUGUCAAUGCAAAAGUGUAA